GCCUUCCGAUUUGGUUAGAUUUAAGUUCGACCUCUGUUUGUAUACAAGAUGGGAGCGUUUAUGUCAAGAUUUUGGUUCAUGUUGUUUCCGGCGAAGGAGUACAAGAUAGUGGUCGUUGGAUUAGAUAACGCUGGAAAGACAACGACACUUUAUAAAUUGCACCUCGGUGAUGUUGUCACUACUCAUCCGACUGUUGGGAGUAAUGUCGAAGAGCUUGUGUACAAAAACAUUCGGUUCGAGGUGUGGGAUCUUGGUGGGCAAGAGCGGCUGAGGACAUCAUGGGCAACAUACUAUCGUGGGACUCAUGCAGUCAUCGCGGUGAUAGACAGCACUGACCGUGCAAGGAUCAAUAUUAUGAAGGAUGAACUCUUUCGGUUGCUCCAACACGAAGAUCUUGAACAUUCAGUUAUUCUUGUCUUUGCAAACAAGCAAGAUCUCAAGGAUGCCAUGUCCCCAGCUGAGAUCACAGAUGCCCUCUCACUUCACAGCAUUAAGAAUCAUGAUUGGCACAUCCAAGCUUGCAGUGCCCUCACGGGAGAAGGGUUAUAUGAUGGUUUGGGGUGGAUAGCCCAGCAUGUGACCGGCAAGGCUACAAGUUAAUAUAACUCAGGGCUUGUGAAC